AGGGGAGCGCCCGAAUGGAUUAGAGCCAACUGCGCUCUUCAAAAGGGUGCCGGGCUGUGCUUCCCUCCCGCGGCCCGGGAACUUCAAAGCGGCCCGCACUGCCCGGACCGCCUAGCUCCGCUCUGGGACCUCGAAGCCCCGGCGCGGCCGCCUGGUGGCCAUGACCCGAGCGCUGUGCGCGGCGCUCCGCCAGGCUCUCCUGCUGCUCACCACCGCCGCCGCGCUCUCCACAGGAUUGAAGUGUGUAUGUCUUUUGUGUGACUCUUCAAACUUUACCUGCCAAACUGAAGGAGCAUGCUGGGCCUCGGUUAUGUUAACCAAUGGGAAAGAACAGGUGAUCAAGUCCUGUGUCUCUCUCCCAGAGUUGAAUGCUCAAGUCUUCUGUCAUAGUUCCAACAAUGUUACCAAAACUGAAUGCUGCUUCACAGAUUUUUGCAACAACAUAACACUGCACCUUCCAAAAGCAUCUCCAAAUGCCCCAAAACUCGGACCCAUGGAGCUGACCGUUGUUAUUACUGUGCCAGUUUGCCUCCUGUCCAUGGCAGCGGCGCUGAUGAUAUGGGCGUGCCAAGGUCGCCAGUGCACAGACAGGAAGAAAAAGAGACAGAAUGUGGAGGAACCUCUCUCUGAGUGCAAUCUGGUAAAUGCUGGAAAAACUCUAAAAGAUCUGAUAUACGAUGUGACGGCCUCUGGCUCUGGCUCUGGUCUACCUCUGUUGGUUCAAAGAACAAUCGCAAGGACGAUCGUACUUCAGGAGAUAGUAGGAAAAGGUAGAUUUGGUGAGGUCUGGCAUGGAAGAUGGUGUGGGGAAGAUGUGGCUGUAAAAAUAUUCUCCUCCAGAGAUGAAAGAUCUUGGUUUCGUGAGGCAGAAAUUUACCAAACGGUUAUGCUGAGACAUGAGAACAUACUUGGUUUCAUAGCUGCUGACAACAAAGAUAAUGGAACUUGGACUCAACUUUGGCUUGUCUCUGAAUACCACGAACUGGGCUCCUUAUAUGACUAUUUGAAUAGAAACGUAGUAACAGUGGCUGGCAUGAUCAAACUGGCACUUUCCAUAGCGAGUGGUCUGGCCCACUUACAUAUGGAGAUUGUUGGUACACAAGGUAAACCUGCGAUUGCUCAUCGAGAUAUAAAAUCAAAGAAUAUCUUAGUGAAAAAGUGUGAAACGUGUGCCAUAGCAGACUUAGGGUUGGCUGUGAAGCAUGAUUCAGUACUGAACACUAUUGACAUACCUCAGAACCCUAAAGUAGGAACCAAAAGGUAUAUGGCUCCUGAAAUGCUUGAUGAUACUAUGAAUGUGAAUAUCUUCGAGUCCUUCAAACGAGCUGACAUUUAUUCUGUUGGUCUGGUUUAUUGGGAAAUAGCCCGAAGGUGUUCAGUUGGAGGAAUUGUUGAGGAGUACCAGUUGCCUUAUUAUGACAUGGUGCCUUCAGAUCCAUCAAUAGAGGAAAUGAGGAAGGUUGUUUGUGACCAGAAGUUUCGACCAAAUAUCCCCAACCAGUGGCAAAGCUGUGAAGCACUCCGAGUCAUGGGGAGAAUAAUGCGUGAGUGUUGGUAUGCCAAUGGGGCAGCCCGCCUGACCGCCCUUCGUAUUAAGAAGACUAUUUCUCAACUUUGUGUGAAAGAAGACUGCAAAGCCUAAUGAUGAUAAUUGUGUUAAAAAGAAGUCUCUCACAGCUUUUCUUUUCUCAUUUUCCCUCUUUAUGUGAAUGUUGUUGCCUUUUUUUGUUGUUGUUCUACCUCAAAGAUAAUGCAGGACAGUAUUUAAGAGCCCAAAGGCAGCAUGAAAAAUAACUCUAAAGUCAAGCAUGGGCAGGAGUUGACUUCAUCCCAUCUCUGUGUUGUCUUUAAUUUUAUUUUGAAAAGCGACACAUCGAUUCAUCUUUUUUAUUUAAUAAGAUAUGACAAAAACGUAAAAUAAGCUAUAUAAAAAUAAUACAAGCCAUUAAGGUUUUAUUUUACUUGAAUCAAGAGCACAUGAAUGAAGAAAAAGAAAUGUAAAAGCAUUUUUUUUCCUGAGACGAAAACAGUUUCAUUAAAAAUGUGAACUAGAGCACAUUAUAUCUCAGCAGAACUCUAGAUGAUAUAAUUUGUGGUUUUCUCUCUUUUUUUAAUUAAGAAGGAUCUUUUAAAAAAGUAAAUAUUGCUCUGAACUUCAGUGUCUAAAACAUGUAAAAGGGGAGCUGCUCGGUUAGAAAGUGAAAGUGAGGUCAGAAGUAGCCACUUCCUUGGCCUUGUCUCUUCCCAGUGUCCUGCUCUCCAUAAGCCUCUACCACAGCAGCCCCGCAACAGUGUGAAAGCCACUAAAAUUUUUACUUCCUCUCAUUUCCAAAUGAGACCUCUGACAGCUUGAGACACUGAGAAAUCCCAAAAGUCACAUAGCUAGUGGUGGCGCUGGACCUUGGUCCAAAUCUUGUGAUAAUCUGUAGACUUAGCCAACUUCCUCCUUUCCCUUAAAAUCCGUGUAGUUCUUUUCUCCCUACGCAGAAACAACAUCUUUCAUGGUGGUAUUCGUGGUCUAAUCAAACAGAAGAUAAAUCGGGUCAUUUUGCACAAUCAUAAUGGACCUGCAUGAACUCUGACAAUACUCAUUGGCAUUUUCCUCAUGGAAACUUCAUAGUCCACCUGUUUGUUAGAUAAAUAUUAAUGUUUUCUGCGUACUUCCAGAGAUUAAUCGGGCAUAUAGAUCCAUUGUUAGAAGAUGUCUUUCAGAUUUAUUUCAGAGGUCCCUACUACUUUUGUACAUACACACUUAGAACAGAGGGAAGAGGAAAGCAGGAGAUGUUUUGAGAAAAAUUAAGAAAAUUCUUCAGUAACUGUAAAUAGAUAUUUCCCUACUCUUUCAAAAUGAGCAAGUAGAUGCAGAAGAAGCCUCAUGAUACUUUUGGCUUUAUUUUACUUCCUGUGGAGACAGAAGUGAUGAAUUCUGUAUAAUACAUGAAACAUUGAGUAUUUCCUUCAAAUCUGUAAUUCUGCUUUGGUAAAGGAGAUUUAACGUGGUAUCUUUUAUUGUCCUAAAACACUGCUUCCUAAACUCUGUUCCUUAGAACACGCUUCUGUUGAGAUGUUCCAAGGCCAAAACCGUUCUUUGAUAGAUUCUUAGAAAGUGAUACUGCACAUUAGUGUAUCAUGUGUUUUGAGGAAUAUAGCCGUUAAGAGAUGUUACUUGAAUUUCUUUGAAUUAGAUUUCCCAAAUUAUUUGACCUUGGAACCCUUUUUAUUAAGAACAGGGCAGACCUUUUUACUGUCCCACAUUUUAGUGUUCUACAAAGCAUAACUUGAGUAACAGUGUUCUAAAGGAUAUAUCUAUGUAUUUUCAUGUAGAGCACAAUCUAUUGGUUAUAAUUCAUUUCACUAUGGAAAUAUGUUACUGAACCCAUCUUCGUUUGACUGGGAUAAGAUAUCGAAGGUCCAAAUCUGAUGGCUGUGGCACUGUCAUUCAUGCAGUUAUCCAUUCAUUAAAUAAGAUAGGGGACCCCAUAUCUUCAUUGCCACAAUAUUGGGGCCAAUAGAGAAAAUAUGGAUACGUUCUGCCCCUGGGGAUUUUAAAGCCAAUUUGGAAAUGGGAACAGGGAUGUAGGUGUUGGGUUGGGGGAAGGAAAUAAAUUGACAAAUAGAAUACAAAGUAGAAAGUCUUGAAUUCUGUAAGACAGUGGGUUCCUGAAAAUGCUUUCAAUCUGCAAAACAUUUAGACAGUAUCUUCAUUUGGUUAUUGCAGACAUCAGUUUUUAAAGUGACUAUGUGAAGGGAUUUUAAAAAGAGCUUACGUGAAGGGGUAACCUUGUUUGUGCUUGUUACCUUGAUUUCUCAGAGAUUGUUUAUGAAUAUAUGAGAAUGAAAUUAUUUAUUUACUGUAGUUGUACUAUAGCUACAUGGUUGUCAAAAUAAACAAGAAUAAUAUCUCCUGUUUUAUUCACUUAUAUUGGGUGAAUAUACUUAUUUAAUUUUUAAGGGAAUGUUUUAACAUCCCCAAUUUUCCUUGACACUGUGUUUUAUAAUUUAUUUGAGGGUGUCCGAAUAUGAUUCCAUAUUUUUUUGGCUCAACUUUUCCUCUAGAGGAAUCUUUACCUUUUGAGACGUUUUUCUUGUUUUCAUGUUGGUUAACUGUAGCUUCUAACUAGUCUUACAUCUCAAUCACCAGAUGCACUUUUUAAGAAAAGAGGUAGGUUAACAAAAAUGAUUAAAAGAAAAGUUAAAAGUUCUAAUUUCUCUCAACUCUCAACACGAUUAUAAAUAGAAAAUAUGCACUUACAAAAAUAGGGUAAAGUUUAGAACAUAAAACAAAUUUAUUGUAUAUACGUAUACUGUUAAACUUCAUAUUAUUUGUUUUUGAUGAAGUAUCAUUGUGUAGUAUUUAUUUCAUUUGAAUUGUGUUAUAAGCAAAAAAUACUUUUCAUAGGCUCACUGUGUCAUUGUUCUUUACUCCUUUCAAAUAUUUUGACUUUGGGUAUAAUUUAAAGCUUGGGGAAUGCUAUUUAUGAAAUGUCAGUACAAAGUGGUGAUGGAGUUUCUAUGCAGCAUCACUUCCUUAAAAUAAGGGAAACAUUAUUUGUCGUCAAUAUUACAGCAUGAACUUGUUGCCUUUAAGCUACACGUUUAAGUGUGUAAUUGGUAAAGAUUCUGUUGUGUGCUUGUGUGCUUUCUUCUAUGUCUAAAGUAUUUGGCAUGUCACAUCUAGAAUUGUUAAUUUAUGUUCUGACUUGAAAGUGAAGUGAAACAUGACUGUGUCGUGCACUAUUUUAGGCAUAGCACUUGCUUUUCAUCUUUAUACUUUCAAUUAACUUCGCAUUUUAAAUUUCCAUGAUUGUAUGAAAAUAGUAACCUGGUUGCAAGUGUCUGAAGACUUCAAAAUCAGCUUUUAUCUUAAAACGAGGAUCUGUGAUAGAUUCAUUAGGUUGCAAGUUCCAUAAUAAUUUAUUAUUCUUAAUACUUCUACUUUAGUGGGAAUUAUUAAACAAAACUACUACUGUGCUGGAAUUUUGCCACCAUGUGAUUUUUUGGGGCAGAGAAAACUCAGGGCUGUCUUAGAGUUUACGUAAAAAUACCAGGGAACCUACUGAGCAAAUCAUCUGAAAGCAGGGAGCCCACGUUCGCCAUUAUACAAAGUUCAACUUAAAAUGGUUUAGCAGGGAGUACUUUCUGAUUAUUUAUUUAAAAUAAAUAUGGAGAUGUUUUUUUGUUUCAAUAAAUUUAUUUAAACUAUGGACGUUUUAUUUCCCAUCAGGAAAUUAAGAAAGCAACAGUAGCAAAUGAGUCAAGUUGUGGCAGUUGAUGUCUUCAACAAGCAUUCCUUUAAAUAAAUUUAGAAACGUAGAAAACUUAGAAAUAUUUAAGAAUUAGUGUCUUAAAAUGGCAUCAUUGUGGUUUUCAAAGAUAUUCUAAAUAUCUCUUCUUUUGUAAAACAUGCUGGUCUGUUUGACAAUGCUUUGUAUUAGCUCCCUCCAUAAGGUAAUACUUUGCAUGGAUGUUAUGCGCUAUUUAGUGAAGACAGUAAUCCUUUCCUUCUGAGGGCUUCUUCUAAACAGAAAAAAAGUGUCGGUUGGAAUACAAAAAUUUCAUUAAAGUGGUAAUAUUAAAUAGAAUUUCUAUAAUAGGCAUUUUUUUCAAAGUGUCUUAAUGCACAUUUUCAGAUAUCUGACAUUCUUUUUUCUCUCUAGCUUUACUUUUAUGUUCCAUUAUUUUUCUCACCUCCUUUUAAAAUAUUCCCUUACUCUCUUCCAAAAUUAUCUUUAGUCCCUAAUUUUAAAAAGCAACCAACUAUUGUUUACCUUAACCAUUCUAAUUAUUUAGCCUUCUAAUAAAAGAGAAUCCCUUGGUGGUCUGAAUUAUUUCAGGUGUGUCACAGACAAAAACCAGAAUUUGGAAAAUGCCAAGGAUGCAGGAGACUUUAUAAUUCAAUUCCCAACACUUUAUAGAUGACAAAACCAAGGAUCAGAGAUAAAUGACUGCUAGUUAUUAGAACCAAUAGGAAAACCCAGUGGUGACACCCACCAUACGGCCCUACCACAUUCAACGUUUGCUAAUUAAAAAAUCAUUAGCCUGCAUCUAAACCUACCUUGAAGGUGCACUGAUAUAACGUGCCAUUUAGUGAUGAUGACCAAAUCUCACUUCUCUGUUUGUUUCUGCUAAAAUAAUUUGCUCACUCAUGGUGAGGUCAGUGAGAAAAACUGUAACAGGCCAGGGAAGAGUGGUAAAAUAGCUGUCAAGCUAGGUAGGCAACCACUGAGUGCUGAAUAAAAUUUAGGAACUGUGAGAAUGUAGAAUUUCUUAGUGCAAGUAGCAAGGAAUGGUAAGAGACACUUCCUGCUUCUUUUUUUUAUGUUUUUUCACCCCUUUCUGUAGGGAUUGUUCUUUUUACGCCUGGGAUGGGGAGUGAGAGCUGAUUCGUAGUUGACUUUCAGACCACGGCUAGUACCAUAUUGUCUUCUCUCUUCUCAACUUCUCAUUAGUUUAUCUUUGGCGUUCACUUUCUUUGGUAAAUUAAAAAAAAAACAAAAACAAAACCAAAAAACCUCUUUGCCAGAUAUCAGUUCCAAUCACUCUGUAAUUCCUGUUCUUUUAGGUGUUCUAGCUCAUGUUCAGAUUGCUCUGCACGGAACUUCCUAAAAUGAUUUUAAUGUGCCAUAGCCACGUGUGAGAGGUUUUGUCUCGUGCCUUUUCCAGUGAUCUUUCAUUUGGCACAACAGAGUAUUUGCUAAUGGCAGAGAAGAUUUUCUUUUAAGUUUUAAAAAGACUACCAGUGUAGUUAUAUUCUAGCUUUUAGCUAACAUAUAAGGAAUGUCUACUUUUGCCUUAAUGCCAAAUUCCACUUCAGAGAUGAUGACUUGGACAGAGAAUGUGAAAUAUAUGUCUCAUAAUGUGAUUGCUAAAUUUAUCUCUGCUGUUUCAUACAAGCGCUUUAUUUUGCUUUGGCCAUCUUUUAAAAUGAAGCCAUUAUGCCAUAUGCUUUAUAACCUAACAUUGUAUGGAAAUUAAGUAAUAAUCCCCAUUUUAAAAUCCCUCUAUUAAGAACUUCCAGGAUACUUUUUAAUUCAGUUGUAAAUUAACACAACAUUUGGGAGAAUAUGCACUCUGCCUCAUCCUAGAUUUUAAUAUAUUCAGAUAUGGCUAUAUUUUCUUAUCACUGGUCCGUGUUUUACAAGAAAAAUUUCCCUCCAGAUGUAAUAGUUUUAACUGCAAGAUUUUUACCUUGGACUACAUGAACCUGAAUGUUAACAGAGCCACUAUGAGUAUGAAUGCAUUCGGAUAUUAGGAAUGUAUUAGGAAAUUAGCCUUAUACUGAGUGUCACCAGACCCAGCUGGGUAUGUCUGCACAAAUACUCUCAGCUGAGAGGCGGGUAGGAGCUGAAAUCCAACCUGCAAUUGGUUCCUCAACUUAAAUAUUUUUAUAUUGUUCAGAAAAGCACCUUCUAUGCUAUAUAUCUUCAGAAAAAGGGCCCUGCUUGUAUAUCUUCAAGAAAACGAGAAUUACAUUUUCAAAAUGCUUCUUGACAUCUAUAAAUUGACUAGAGAACUUAGGGGAAAAAUUCUUUAGAUUCUCAUCCUGGCAUUUCCAAGAGAGCAAAAGAGAUUGUAUGUGUAUUCUGUUGAUUUAAUUUUCAACCCAGACAAUCUGCAGCCAGACAUGUGGAACCUCAUUUAAUAUUCCAGUUGAGUUUUCCUUUCAUGUGCAAACCUGUUAUUGACUUUGCCUGUAAAGAGGCAAUGACAUGCCUAAAGUCUGUCUAGCUAAUGCGGGUAUAAAAUGAGAUUUACUAAUAUCUCCAUUUCUUUCAAUACACUAAAUAUAAGUAAUUAAGAUAUUUUCUAAACAUCCAACUUUUAUUUUCUCAGCAUAUAAAGUGUAUCUGACCCAAAAUAUUCCAUUGUAGUUCAUUUCGACAAUGACCAGUGUCAAGUUCUUGUACUCUUCUGACCCUAUGCUGGAGAAAAUUAUUCAAAUGCAAUCUGUGUGUCAGGUUUUAAAAUGUCCUAAAAACAGAAAAUUAGAUUCAUAUCUCACAAAAAAAAAUUUUGGAUUGACUUUCAAAGUACUAAUACUAAUUAUACUUUUCUUUUGGUAGUGUGACUUUUCUUAUACCUAAGAACAUAUUACAAAUGUCAAAACCAUUGCAUUUUGACAUUGCAAAACAUGCCUUGAACUCUUGAACUACUGUGAAAAGAAUCAUUGUUGUAAAGACUUAUUGUAAGCUGGCUAAUAUUCAUAGGUAUGUAAAAAGAUAUUACCCUUCAAGAGAUAGGCCCAAAUGAAUGUAUAUAAGGAAUAUAAAGAAAUAAAUUCGGUUUCAAAGUGAGAAUUGGGCAAUAAAUUGUAUAAAAAAUGCAGAUGGCAGUUUUAAUAGUUGUAAUUUUAAUUGUUGAAGCUGAAAAAAAUCCCAAAUUCCAAAGAGGAAUGAAUAAUAUUCAGAUAUUUCAUUAACUUCUAGUCUAUGGAAAUAUGCAUUUUAUAGUAAUAUAUAUACUUAUUUUGUUUAGAAAUAAUAGUAUUUUAGAAUUUAGUGAGAACUCAGUGAUAGCCUUCAUACCAAAAUUUUUAACUUUCCCAACAGCAAGUCAUAAAAGUAUUUGUUUUAAAGCUUUUUAAAAUAUUAUUGCAUAACUGACUGUAGCUGCCUCCAAUGUAAAUACUUAUCUGCCUAAAUGUUAUAUUUUUAUGUAUGCAUUUCUGAAAAUGUAUUGUUUUGUAAAGUGGCAAAGUUAAUACAUCAAUCACUCCUUGCACUUGUUUCUGUGAAGCAUAUAGAGCUCUAUUUUAAAUAAAAAGAAAAUGUGUCAUA